GCGGCCAGGCCAGGCCCGGGGGCUCCGCAUGCUGCAGCUGCCCCCGGGCGCCCCCGCCGCCGCCCUCGCCGCAGAGCCGCGCGGAGCUGAGCCGGCGAGCUAACCCGAGCCAGCCGGCGGGCGUCCCGGAGGCGGCGGCGCAGGGAGGGGCCCAACGCGCGCACGUGGCCCCGGCGGCCGCCAUGGCUGACAGCGGCACGGCUGGGGGCGCGGCGUUGGCGGCCCCGGCCCCCGGGCUGGGCAGUGGCGGCCCAGGACCACGCGUCUACUUUCAGAGCCCCCCCGGAACCGCAGGAGAGGGCCCGAGUGGCGCGGACGAUGAGGGCCCAGUGAGGCGCCAAGGGAAGGUCACCGUCAAGUAUGACCGCAAGGAACUACGGAAGCGCCUCAACCUAGAGGAGUGGAUCCUGGAGCAGCUUACGCGCCUCUACGACUGCCUGGAAGAGGAGAUCCCAGAACUGGAGAUUGAUGUGGAUGAGCUCCUGGACAUGGAGAGUGAUGAUGCCCGGGCUGCCAGGGUCAAGGAGCUGCUGGUUGACUGUUACAAACCCACAGAGGCCUUCAUCUCUGGCCUGCUGGACAAGAUCCGGGGCAUGCAGAAGCUGAGCACACCCCAGAAGAAGUGAGGGUCCCCGACCCAGGCGAACGGUGGCUCCCACAGGACAAUCGCUGCCCCCCGACCUCGUAGCAACAGCAAUACCGGGGGACCCUGCGGCCAGGCCUGGUGCCAUGAGCAGGGCUCCUCGUGCCCCUGGCCCAGGGGUCUCUUCCCCUGCCCCCUCAGUUUUCCACUUUUGGGGUUUUUUAUUGUUAUUAAACUGAUGGGACUUUAAAAAAAAAAAAAAAAAA